UGGCUAGAGCGACCCUGCGGGAGGUGGCAGGAAAGGCUGGGAGCGGCGGCCGGAGGUGACGGAGCGGCCGCCCCGCCCCGUGCGCUGGAAGACGAGGCUUCCAGGUAGCGACCGCACUCGGCCCCAGGGUAGGACCGGGCCUUGGGCGCGGACCCGCCGUCCCCGGGGUGCGCCUGUAGGGGAGGGGGUGGAGCCACGAGCGUGGAGCUCCAGACAGCUCGAGACCAGAGCCCCGUCCCUCGGUGCAGCCAUGAGUGCCGAGGUGAAGGUGACGGGCCAGAACCAGGAGCAGUUCCUGCUCCUUGCCAAGUCGGCCAAGGGGGCCGCGCUGGCCACACUCAUCCAUCAGGUGCUGGAGGCCCCUGGUGUCUACGUGUUUGGGGAACUGCUGGAUAUGCCCAAUGUCAGAGAGUUGGCAGACAGCGACUUUGCCUCCACCUUCAGGCUGCUCACAGUGUUUGCCUAUGGGACCUAUGCUGACUACUUAGCUGAAGCCAGAAACCUUCCCCCACUCACUGAGGCUCAGAAGAAUAAGCUUCGACAUCUGUCAGUUGUCACUCUGGCUGCCAAAGUCAAGUGUAUCCCGUAUGCAGUGUUGCUGGAGGCCCUUGCCCUUCGGAAUGUGCGCCAGCUGGAAGACCUUGUGAUUGAGGCUGUCUAUGCCGAUGUCCUUCGAGGCUCUCUGGACCAGCGCAAUCAGCGGCUAGAGGUUGACUACAGCAUUGGGCGGGACAUCCAGCGCCAGGACCUCAGUGCCAUUGCCCGAACCCUGCAGGAGUGGUGCGUAGGCUGUGAGGUGGUGCUGUCCGGCAUCGAGGAGCAAGUCAGCCGUGCCAACCAGCACAAGGAGCAGCAGCUGGGCCUGAAGCAGCAGAUCGAGAGUGAGGUUGCCAACCUUAAAAAAACCAUUAAAGUCACAACAGCAGCAGCUGCUGCAGCCACUUCUCAGGAUCCUGAGCAACACCUGACAGAGCUAAGAGAACCAGCUCCUGGCACCAACCAGCGCCAGCCCAGCAAGAAAGCCUCAAAGGGCAAGGGACUCCGAGGGAGCGCCAAGAUUUGGUCCAAGUCGAACUGAAAGGACUUGUUUCUUCCCUGGGAAUGUGGGGUCCCAGCUGCCUACCUGCCUACCCCUUAGGAGUCCUCAGAGAGCCUUCCUGUGCCCCUGGCCAGCUGAUAAUCCUAGCUCAUGACUUUUCAUCUCCUCCACCCCCAGACAUAAGCCACACCCUCUGUAGGGAGAAGGCCAGUACUGGUCAUGUUCUCUUGGUACUUGUUAUGUGUUCCAUUGCCUCUUCCUGCCACGCUUGCGGUCAUCCUUCUUCACUCAGCUCUGUUUCUGCCCAUUACCCACGUCCUUGAGCAGGUUGGCAGUCCUCUGGAGGGUGCUGGCUCGUCACCACCCACAGGGGUUCUCUACCACACCUACCCCUGCAUGCCUCAUCUGCAGUUCUCCUCCCUCCCCGUGCCUGUUGGGCUGCAUCUGAAAAGCCAUGGGGAAGGGUGUCCUCCACCUUCAUCCCAGCCUUAGAGUUCUGGAGCCAGUCUGCCAUUCUGGGAGUCGCUGGACACUUUGAUCCCAGAAUCCCACCACACUACAGUUGUCUCUCAUCCUUUCUCGUCUUCUUGAGCCUGGGAACACUGCUGCUUCAGUGGGCCCAGAGCCGAGAACAGCUGUUUUUUGAGAUGUUGAGAAAUGUUUCUUUGUUAGCUAAUCAUUUUAGGAGACCCAAUGGAAAUCCUGGAAGGAUUUAGAUCUCUUCUUGUGAUUUUGGUGGGGAAGGGAAUAUAGAUUGUAUAUUUAAAGAAAGGUAUAUAUGAAUAGGUCUAUAUAUAACAUGACACAGAAAUAAAUCUAUGAGAAAUCUGUGUACAAAAAUGCCAGGAA